CCUGGUUCUCUCAGGUGGACGAUAGAGCGGUGCCAAACGCUCUGUCAAACAAGCCUUAAGUUGCCCAGACACAGCGAGAGGAUGUACCUGGAGGCGUGGAUACCACAGCCCGAAAAAAACCAUUUACUGCGUAAACCCAUUUUUUCAGAAUGAUAAAAAUACACGGUGUUUUUUACGGUAACCGAGCAGCAGCGGGAGAAUCGCAUCUGUGAAGCAGCGCGUUAGCCGCCGCUGUUAGCAGGCUAGCAGGCGGCGACCUGCUACUGUUAGCUUCGACUUGACGUUGUCCAGCUCGGUUCAAGUUUAACUCCAGACCUGAAUUAGAAGAGUCCAACUGAACUGAACGGGAAAACAUGGAGACCAAGGAGAAAGUACAGAUGAGGAAUAACCCCCGCAGACAGCUGAAGAAGCUGAGCGAGGACAGCCUCACCAAGCAGCCAGAGGAAGUCCUUGAUGUCCUAGAGAAGCUGGGUGAAGGGUCCUAUGGUUGUGUCUUUAAAGCCAAUCACAAAGAAACCGGGGAGAUUGUUGCUAUCAAACAAGUUCCUGUGGAGUCUGAUCUGCAGGAGAUCAUCAAAGAAAUCUCCAUCAUGCAGCAAUGCAACAGUCCCCAUGUAGUGCGCUACUAUGGCAGCUACUUCAAAAACAGUGACCUGUGGAUAGUCAUGGAGUAUUGUGGUGGAGGAUCAGUAUUGGAUAUCAUCCGAUUACGUAACAAGACGCUCUCAGAAGAUGAGAUUGCCACUGUCCUUCACUCAACGCUGAAGGGUCUGGAGUAUCUUCACUUCAUGAGGAAAAUCCACAGAGAUAUCAAAGCUGGAAACAUUCUGCUGAACACAGAAGGUCAAGCCAAACUGGCUGACUUUGGAGUUGCUGGACAGCUCACAGACACCAUGGCAAAGCGAAACACAGUCAUCGGCACACCGUUCUGGAUGGCUCCGGAGGUCAUUCAGGAGAUAGGCUACAACUGUGGGGCUGACAUCUGGUCCUUGGGAAUUACAGCCAUAGAGAUGGCUGAGGGCAAACCGCCCUAUGCUGACAUACAUCCAAUGAGGGCAAUCUUCAUGAUUCCAACCAACCCUCCCCCAACGUUUCGCAACCCAGAUCAUUGGUCUCCAGAUUUUCUAGACUUUGUCAAAAAAUGUUUGGUGAAAAACCCUGAAAAUAGGGCAACAGCUACACAGCUGUUACAGCAUCCUUUUAUCAAAUCAGCCAAACCCAAUUCCAUCCUGAGAGCCUUAAUCCAAGAUGCGAUGGAGAUCAAACUAAAGAGGGAAGAGGAGGCAGAGCAGAGAGAACAAGACGCUGAAGACGAAAACAAUUCGGAUGAAGACGAGGUUGAUCAGGGGACAAUGGUUCGGGCUGGAACCGGUGAUUCUGGAACUGUUCGGGCUGCUGGCUCAUUGGCAAGUUCACUAAGUGGUACCAUGAUCGAGCACGAGGACACGGGAACCAUGCAGUCACAGCUUGGCACCAUGGUCAUCAACUCAGAUGAUGAGGAUGAGGAAGAGGCUGGUACUAUGAAAAGGAGAGACGAGACGAUGCAGCCGGCCAAGCCGUCCUUCCUGGAGUACUUUGAGCAGAAAGAAAAGGAAGUAAACAAUCACAAUGAUGGUGGACGCCGCGGAGAAAACAACGCAGACAACCGCAAACUCCCAGCUGAAGGAGAUCUUGAAGUUGUCAGUACAUGGUCGGUGGAGGAGCUGCGGAUGAAACUCGCCUCCCUGGAUCCUCAGAUGGAGCAGGAGAUAGAGGAGAUCCGCCAGCGUUACCAGGCUAAGCGGCAGCCCAUCCUAGAUGCAAUCGCAGCAAAAAAGCGACUUCAGCAGAACUUCUGAGAAGGCCCUGCAGACGUCUUUACACCUCCUCUGCGUCUUUAACAAAUGUCUCAUCCUGGUUGCUGGACAGGAUUUAAUGUAGCUGGAUGUGACAUCUGGAAACUCAUGGAAGAAAUUAAACAUGGACGGCGCACCUUGAUGUCAAAGACCUUCCCUGUUCUACAGAAUGCUGGUUUGAUUUGAGGGAAUCUGCUUUGUUUAAGAGCUCAUUCAGAAAUGAG